AUGCCCCCCAAGAAGAACACCGCCGCCUCACAGGAUGCGAGCGUAGACGACGGCGACGGCCAGGCGGGCCGAGAGCUAGCGGAGAUGAGGACGAGAGCAGAGGCGCUCGAUUGUCGCAUCCGCGCGACUGAGGAGGAGCUCGGCCUUAUAAAGAGCACGACUGGGAAUCUGGAAAGAGGCCAGACGGCGCUGCAGGUUGUUGUAGAAGAAAUCCGGGUAUGA